AUGGAGGUUAAACCCAAAUCAAGAACAUCUUGCUUGAGUUCGUCUGUUCGCAGUGGACGAUCGAUCGCAGUGGUUGAUCGAUCGCAGUCGCAGUUCACCGGAGUCGCCUGGAGUGCCUUCUUCUGGACUGUUCUACGAUUUAGGACAAUAAAAAAUAUCCAAGCGAUGGUUCUAGUGGUGUCGAUGGGAGCGUAA